AUGGAGCUCUUAAGGCACUGGCGCAGGACUUACGGACAAAGACAGAGGAGCAUGCCGCGCGAAAAUGGCCCCUGCGUGCGGAGCGCUAAGGACUAUCCAUACGAUACGAGCCCGGAAUACAUGAGCCUCCUAACAAGGGAGGACAUAGAGAAGGAUCUGCCCGAUAAGUAUAAAAAGAGGCUCUGGAGGCGGUGCAAGCCUAGCGUUCCGAGAAAGAACAACUCCGACGUCCACUUAGCGAUGAAGAUAAAGCAGCUUUUCGAAAAUUUGGAGGCCAUAGAUUUGAACAGGGGCGAAAUGACGCCAAGGACUGAGCAGAAAGUGCUCCUGACCGAGAUACACAAGACAAUUCGGGCGGUAAAGGUGGAUCGUAGAGCCAAGGAGGCGGGAAAUGUGGCAGUCGGUGAGUCAGGAGGGCGGGAAAUGUGGCGGGUCAGCGAGUUAGAAGGCGGGAAA